UGCUCGGACCAACCAACCAGCCGGCUGUCUUCUUCAGAAAGUGUCUGGAGAGAGAGAGAGAGAGAGAAAUGGCGUCGGGUUGGGGGAUAACAGGGAACAAAGGCAGGUGUUAUGACUUCUGGAUUGAUUUCAGUGAGUGUAUGUCCCGUUGCAGAGAGCCCAAAGACUGCGGUCUUCUCCGCGAAGACUAUCUCGAGUGCCUUCACCAUUCCAAAGAGUUCCAACGAAGGAAUCGAGUAUAUAAAGAGGAGCAGCGUCAAAUAAGAGCAGCUACUCGAAAGGCCAAGGGGGAAGAUGGAGAAAAUGUUCAUCAUCUCUAGUGUUUUAGCCAUAACCUUGUGGAGUCCGCAAAUAAUGAUUAAGUUGCCCAGUCUCAUUUUGAUGGGAAUUUGGUAAUAUUUUAAUUUCAAUCUCUUUUCGUUGUUUUCAGAAUGAGUGAACGCCUUUGGCUUGAGCAAAAUGGCAUGAUAUUGUCAAUCUCUACUUCCAUCAGGACAUCAAUGCAUAAGGUUUCUUAUGAAAUUUCCUUUUGGCCUUCUAAUUGCUUCUCAUAUUUGUAUCAUUUACUGGAAGUUGAGUCUUACCCUCUCUGCUUGAUUGUCAAUUUUAGUUAUAUUAUUGAUA